AGCUUACGCCGUCGCCGACUGUCCAUUCAAUCGCACAUAUUAACUCGUCGCGUACACUUCGCAGCCGCAGCAGCAAACAGCAGCAGCCGCAGUCGCAGCUAACAGCACUAGCCCCCCACCCGCCCAACAAAAACAACCAAAAAACAAAAUACCCUUUUCCCGAUCAUUGCAACAAAUAUAGUUAAAAAUUUUUUUUUAAUAUUUUAAAUGCAAAAUACGGAAGUCGGCUUAAACCAAAAUCUACUAAUAAACUAACCCAUCAACAACAACGAAAAUUAAAUAAGAAGGAAUUCCCAGAUAAAAAUUGUAACUAUUUUUUUUCUGAGUGCAAACAACCAAGAACAAAAAAAAAAAUAAACGACGAGAAGACUGUGCAAAAAGCAAAGUGCAAAGAAGAACCGUUAAAAGCUGUAACCAUACAAAUACAAAUGCAAAAAUGUGCCAUAAUUCGGGCAUCGAAAGUGAUCAGAUCGAACGGUACAUGGCCUUCGGUCUGCCCCAGAAAGCCGUCAGAAGCGUAAAAUAUACAAUGCGCAAGCGUGAACAGCAGCAGCGCAAGGAGCAGCAGCGUAAGGAGCAACAACAAACACAAGAUGUCGCCAGCAGCAGCAGCAGCAGUAGCAGCAGCAACGACAACAGCAGCAGCAGCGACAGCGACAGCGGCACUGAUUUUGAUAUGAAGCCGAUACGCUCAAUGCAGGAACAGGAGCUGCAGCUGACAACAGAGAUAGUAACAGAGAAUGUAACAGCAGUCGAAACUGUCAUGGAAACAACAGAGGCAAAAACUUUAACAGCAGCCACCCCAAAUAACAGCAGCAGCAACAACAAUAAUAACAGCAAUAGCAGCAGCAGCAUUUUACAGAUUCCCAAAUUCUGUGGACGUUUUCGUAAAAUGCAGCAACAGCAGCAGCAGCAGCAAGAGACAGCAAAUGCUGAGCACAUAACAACAGCGACAACAACAGCAACAACAACAUCAGCUGCAUUAACAGAACAACAACAGCAACGUAAAAUGAGCUCAAUGGAGCCAUCGAUGGACGAUGCUCUCGCAAUUGGCACACAAAUGACGCGUAAAUUCGCUGAACGUUGCCAUUGCCUGAUCGACAAACUGCAGAACAGUCGCCUUUAUAUUAUUCUGACGCGCACCACGCAGCCGGCGCAUUUGAUCGCCAUUUGCAUAUUGUCCUUUGUCUUACUGACCGUUGGACCCGAUCUCACAACGACGACAACAACAACACCGACGACAACACACAGCAGCCAGUUGGCGACGCCAACAACAACAACGACAACGCAGGCGCGCAACGUUGACGCAGGCGCUGCCGUCGCUAGCAGCACGCUGCCAACGCUGGCGUAUCUGGGCGCAUUCGCCACACAUUUUGGCUCACAAAUCUGGAUGACCUUUGUAUCAGGUCUCUCGCUGUAUUUCUCGCUGCCGCGUCACACAUUCGGUCAAUGCCAGCAGAUUUUGUUCCCCAAGUAUUUUGCAUUGAAUGCAAUGUUAAGCAUCACAAUGUUAAUCAUCUAUGUGAAAUACUUUCUGAGCGGUUGGACAACAGCGGCUGGCGUACAGCUGGGCACAUUGAUGAUAACGGCCGCCAUUGAAGUUGUGGUUCGUUUAUAUUUGGCCCCGCCCAUGCUUCGGCUGAUGCACGAGAAGUACAGGAUUGAGGGUGCCGUCGGCAGCGGACAGGAGGUUGGCAGCCUUGUACAGGGUGAUCUGAUCGAGUGUCCACAUUAUCAGCGGAUCCAUAAAGCAUUCCGUCGCAUUCAUAUGACAAUUGCUAUUGGCAAUAUGAUUGUCCUAUUGGCCACAUGUCUGCAAUUGUAUUUUCUGGCAUUGAAAAUACGUAUUAGCUAAGGCACAAACCAGCAUACACAGCAAACUCACAUACAUAACAGUAACAGCAGCUGUUAAGCUGCCUUACAUUAUUGGGCAGCGCCUGAAAGGCUGCAAUGGUUUUUUUUGUUUCUCCCAAAUAAUGCAAAAGAAUUUAUAAAUUUUAUAAUGUUGUAGUUCAAUUAAGACACCCCUCUCCCCCUCCACCACAAACUCAUGCACAUCACGCACACAUACACACACACACACACACACACACAUAUAUAUCUAUAUAUAUUAUAUGAAAAUUGAUUAUGUAUUUUACUGUCAAUUAAUUGUCUCAAAUUAAAUUAUUAAUUAUAUCGCGUAAUUUAUUAGACAAUCUACCUAUAAUAACCGCAUCUACCAUAAUCACAACAACAACCACAACAAAAUAGUUAAACAUCGGCUCAGUUUCAAUUUAAAUUUCGUUUUUUGAAAACCUGUGAUAAACUCACCCUCCCACUCAAAGGCUAAUAACCCUGCCCCCGCCCCAAUCACCCAUCUCACUCUCUCUCUCUCUCUCAGUCUCUAUUACACACACGCACACAUUUUAGUUUAGCUGCGUAGCCAAUAAAUCACACACAUUUGUAAAUAAAUUAAUUAGCAUUUAAUAAUUGAA